CUGGGAACUGAGCCUUGAUUUUCACUGCUGUUUUGUUCUCCGCAGGCGUACUCUGUGUAUGACGAGGACAUUGGCUAUUGCCAGGGCCAGUCGUUCCUGGCUGCUGUACUUCUGCUGCACAUGCCGGAGGAGCAGGCAUUUUGCGUCUUGGUGAAGAUUAUGUAUGAUUAUGGUCUCCGGGAACUCUACAAGAACAACUUUGAGGAUCUACAUUGCAAAUUUUACCAACUGGAGAGGCUACUCCAGGAACGGUUACCUGACCUCCACAAUCACUUCAUGGAUCUGAACUUGGAGGCACACAUGUAUGCUUCGCAGUGGUUCCUCACACUCUUCACUGUCAAGUUCCCACUCUGCAUGGUCUUCCACAUCAUCGAUCUGCUGCUCUCUGAGGGACUGAGCAUCAUUUUCAAUGUGGCACUGGCUCUGCUGAAGACUUCGAAAGAGGACUUGCUGCAGGCUGACUUUGAAGGGGCACUGAAGUUCUUCCGCGUCCAGUUGCCAAAACGCUAUAGGGCUGAGGAAAAUGCCAGGAGACUAAUGGAGCAAGCCUGUAACAUAAAGGUGCCAACGAAAAAGCUGAAGAAAUAUGAGAAGGAGUAUCAAACCCUGAGAGAGCAGCAGGCACAUCAGGAAGACCCGAUUGACAGAUAUAAGUUCAUUUCAUUUCAGUAAAGUCUGUGAUAUUUCCACGGAGGAUGUGCAGUAGAAACCGCCUUAGAGAAGCUCCCAGCCCUUCAAUAGAAGGAAGGCCAAUGUUUGCAGCAAGCCUGGACUGUGCCCUUGUGUACCUUGUCUGAAGGAUUCCAUGUGAUCUGUCAGCCUUCAUCCCAGCCUGAUAACCAUCUCGGACAUUGGAAGGAAAUACCCAGGGAGCAGGUUAACAUGCUGCAAAAAGCCUUUCAGCUGAAGCUUCAGUGUUUGUGUUCAGUGUGCAUUAUCACUUGCUUGUUGCUCCCUUUUUACAUGAUGAAGAAGAAAGAACUCUUGUUUGUACAACCUUUAACGAUGUCUCAAGAUAUUUAAAGAGGUGUGCACAGUGCAGUCACGUUCACGUGGGCAAGAUGGUGAGAUCCCACGACCAGCAAAUGAAUGACUAGACAAAUCUAUUUUGGCACCAGUUGAUUUUUCAGCAGGAUACCUGAGGGAAUCCCUUCUGAAUGGGAUCUUCCAGAUCCACCUGAGAAGGGGGAAGGGAGAUGGGGAGGCGGAGCCUCAAUUGCUGCUCUUUGCAGUUUGGUGACACACUUUGAUAGCCUUUUGUUAGAUCUUUGAGUGUAAUUUACUUUGUGCCUGAUCCCAGCGACAAUCCAAAGGACACUCCACCUUGCAGUCUGACAAACCAGGGUCACCCAUGUCAUGGCUCUGUUUCUGGCCUAGGUUCCAUUCUUUCAAAGAGAUGAAUUCAAGCCUCACCAGUUUGAUCAUUUGAAGUUUGUCUCAUUUAUUUUGAUUUCUUCUGGGAUGGGGUGGGUACAAAAGUGGCUACUGUUUGUUGCCCUUCCCUAAUUGUCCUGGAGAGGGUGGUGGUGAGCCAUAUAAUAUCUGAGAAGGAAGGUGCUGGGAUCUGUCCAAAAAAACCAUGAAACUCAGUGUCAUCUUCAAGAAUGUUCUUUGGGCAAGGGAACCCAGUCAUCACCCAGUUUGUGACUCCAGUCCCACAGUGACGUGAUUCAUUCUCAACGGCCCCAUGACCUCCCUCAGCAAAGAACUCAGUCUGAGUGACUGGAGAUGGGCAAAUAUAUAUGAGGCUUGUCAAUGACAUUAACGCCCUGAGAAGGAAUAUUGCAGCUCUAUGUUGUCUGCCUUUUAGCCUCUGAGCCACCAAACUGGUACUGUUAUGGGUCUGUGAUUGUCUCACAUUUAUUAAUUAGAUGGUGGCAAUAUGUGUUGAGCUUUUAUUUUGAACUAUAAGUUCUCUUUUCCCAUGACUCUCUCCUCUUCAGCCCCCUCCAAGCCUUUCACCAGAUGUUUCCCAUGACAGCCUUGCUGUGCAGAGUGAAAGCUGUCUGUGUCUCUGAGGCCUCAUUUUGUCUUGUAUCUGUCUCCUCUCCAAUGUAACACAAAACACAUGUUUCUAAAGCCCUGCUGAGAUGAAAACCGAGCAGAUAAAAAUGCUGCAAUGAGUUGAAUUGGUCUUGUUAAAGAAAAUAAUGUUUGUUUUGAAAUUAUAUUUCUGUCAAUGAAUGACAAAGGCAAUAUGGGGGUCCAGGAUUGCUUCCGCCAUCUGCCAGAACGUAGGACCCAGGAGCAGGCCUUUUGGGAGCUGCUGUGUUAAUGAAGAAGAUCACUGCUCAUCUGGUUGUGGUCUCAGCUACACUUUCUGCUUUCCUGUCUCCCCCAUUGUCCUUAACUGUUAUGUUCAUGAAAAAUCUGUCUCACUCAGCCUUGAGGAAACUCAAUGAUCCAACCUCCAUUCUGAUAUGGAAACGAGAAUUCCACAGACUGUCGACCCUCAGCAAGAAAGCGCCACCUCAUUUUAAAAGGGAGACUGUUGUCUGUUAAACUACCCUGCCCCCAAUUGUUAAUGAGAAAGAACAGGUUGUGUAAGUGAUGCUUUUCCCCUGGAGAUGAUUUAAGUGUUCAUGUAAACUGUUUUCUUCAGUGCCAGAGUCCAGAGCAGGAUAAAGUUUGAUAAAAUUAGAAUUGGGGUGAUUUCAGGAAGAACUCUUUCUGACAAAGAGUAGUGGAAAUGGGGACCCAGGUCAAAGUUGGAAUCCAUUGAAUUGUCUGUUGGUCUUUCGGGUGCCAGUGGUAGGGGAGUAGCUCAGCAGCAGUACAAGCUCUGGAAAGUCACUAGAGGGCAACUGUUUCUCUGUCCAUGAACAGUACAAAUAAACUUGGGCUUUACUAGGAUCUAACCAGCUCAGUCGCGAGAGCGAGUACAGCUUUAAAACCACAAUAGUUAUUGCACCACAAUGGAAAUGUCCCAUGUGAUAUGAUACAUCAAUAUUCCUGAAAAAAGUACUUUGUUAUGACUUUUGUUUGUCUUCAAAGUGUGCUAUGUUCAUUCUGUUAUACACGUAGACGAUGUCAGUACUGAGUGACACAAAGUAUAUUUCCUCCUCUAACCCCUUUCCAACACACUCUCUCCAGCUUGCUUUACUCCUUAUUGCCUCUUCUACAAUCAUCCCUGUUCCCUCACUCCGUCCCGGUCCCAGAGGGAUUGAUGGCCGGAGUUCAUGACCCCGCGCUGUGUGAAGUGAGGCCAGUGUGUUGGAGCUUGGGCUCCUGCCUCAGGCCCAGGUGUAGGGGCCUGUUCAACAAUCUGCACAUUGUCCUUUUUCUCUUUCUGAUCAGAUUUUUAAAAAAUUGUUAAACAACCUAAUGGUGUAAAUGCAUCAGUGUUGUUUAUGACUGGAAUCAUUUAGCAUCAUGAUCUGAGUUUUUAAUGGACCCUCACUCGUGAUAACACAGUUUUCAAUGUUUCUCUCCCCUUACGUGUUAUGAAGAGCUUUACAAACGUGUUGUGAUGAGGAUAGUGCGUCUUCACAGUGUGAUGAAGUGUGGGUGGGUGUUUGAAUUCUCAUCCCAUUAUCGUCGAGCUUUCAAAGAAAAUGCUGUCGUCUUUGUAGCUACAUUUGAAAUUAGAUUGCAUCCAGGUUUUGUAAAUAUUGCAUUUGGAAUUUAUUUUGGAGUGCUAAUUUGUAAUAAAAAUAUCCUGUUCGGUUUUGUA